UCGUAAAGGUCUUCGAGGGGGCAUCCUUCCUGUCGCUAUUUGUGUCCGAGGCAUGGUUGUCAUGCCGCCAUCUUGAAUGGCGCUGAUGAUAGAGUGUUGGAUAAGUUCAGAGGCCCAUUUUCUUUACAUUCGUAAUCAGCAGAAACGGCAGUCCGAAUUGAUCGAAGAGGGGAUCUAUAUGAUCCGCGAAAUGGCCAAGCCGCUCAAAGCGGACAAGGAGAAGACCGAGUUGAGUCGCGAGGAAGCUGAAGUCGAAAUCGCUUCCUAUGAACUGGUGACUCACCGCGUCAGCUCUGAUGGUGGUGUCGCUGAGGAUGAAGUGGGUUGAAUGGACACAAACACAACAUGGAGGAUGGCGUCAAUCAACAGGGGAGACAACCGCGCAGACACACGACAUGAGUCGCGCCGAUUCUUUGGGAGUUUUACACUGAGG